AUGUUUAGAUUCAGAAAAUCUCUGCUUCCUUUUCACGGUGCCAUGGCUGUGCGUCUGUGGGGAGCAAUCACAGGAUGGGAUACCAUGGCACAGCAUGGCAUCCCGGAUUCACUGCAGCAAGGUCGCGGCGACUGGCGCAGUUGGCCCAGUUUGGCCGUUGGGGCAGGUGGCAUCCUGGCCCUGGGCGCCCUGGGCUCCCUGGGCUCCAUGGUGCGUGCACGCAGGACUCAACGGAGGCCCAAGUGCUGCCCUCCUGGUGCCUUGGGUGCCACUACCUGUCGCCGAGCGGAAUCUUCGCUGCGGGGUGAUGUGGAGACACUGCCUGGAGGAUUGGAUGCCUAUGUGGUGGGAAAAGGGAACAAGCGCGCAGUGUUGGUGGCCGGUGACAUCUUUGGAAUUCAUCAGGGGAGACACAAAGAGAUCUGUGAUGUCUUGGCCGAUGAGGGCUUCCUGGUGAUUUUGCCCGACUUCUUCCACGGGGCGCCAAAGGAGCGCUCUGGAGGAUUCCUGCAGAACUUGCAGCAGGCACUCAGCCUGUGGACGCCGUUGAACACCCCCUGGAGUCGAGUGGAACGCGACCUGUCGCAGGCGGUGCUGCCUUAUUUGGAACAGCAAGGCUGCCCCUUGGAGCGUUGUGCCCUGCUGGGCUUCUGCUGGGGUGCCUGGCUCGUGUGCCACGCCUGCAGCGCUUGGCCCGACUUCUGCUGUGCAGCGAUGGCGCAUCCAAGCGUGCACACUAUGGCCAUGCGCUGGGGUGAAGACCAGGAGGAGCUGCUGAGAAAGGUCAAGGUGCCCCAGCUGGUGCUGUCCAGCAAGGAUGAACCUGGAGAUUGGAAGCCUGGGGGAAAGGCUGAAGAAGUCUUCAACAAGAACUCCGCAGGUCAUGUCUUCAAGGAGUUCGGCAGCAUGAGCCACGGCUUUGUAACGCGUGGCGAUUUGAAGGACGGCAACACCCAGGUUGAGGUGGCACGCGCCAUGGAGUACAUCACGGGCUUUCUCUGCAAGCACACUCCGCGCGAGAUUUUGUAA